AUAUCGACUUAAUGAUUCAGUAAACUUGCAUGAUUCAGUUCAUGUCCGACCAAAACAAAGAUCAAAUAUACGCGGCAGUGAAAAUCACAGGAAAAACAUGUCUCUCCUUCUUCCCGACGAAUUACUUGAGUCACUGUCGUGCAGCUGUUGUCAUAAGUUCCUUUCGGUAGGGCCUGUCAAAGUGUACGAAAAUAAAGAGAAGAAAUGCGGACGUUGUACGGAGAAUGAAGAGGAUGGAGUAGUUUCUUUCUUCGAGAAAGUCGGAAAGCAGAGUUUAUUCAAAUGUGUCAACAGAUUUGAUGGAUGCCGCAAACUUCUCAGGUAUUCUCAAGUGCGUUUUCACGAAAUAUACUGCAGAAGUAGGGAAUAUGUAUGCCCGAAAUGCCCGGUUUCCAUUCAGGUUCCUACAUAUCUGAUGAUCAAGCAUUUCCAGGAAAUACACCCCAACGCUCUUCUAGAGGGGCCAAACUUCAACAUAGAUACAACCGAAUGGUCCGCAAAUGCAAGUAUUUUCCUGCACAGAAAAGAAAAUCGCUUGUUUUUUAUAUCACUCAGAGUUGAUACGAUAGAAGAAUACAUUUCAUUAAAAGUAUUUUUGUUGGGAGAUAAAGAGGAAGCUGAAUAUUCAAAAUACACAUUUUUCAUCACGAAGGGUUCAGAACCUUACGGUAUUAGGACUGUUGCUGAUAAUUGUGUUCCUUAUGGUUCUGGUAAUUUCGACGAAGUGCGUGUGGACUUGGACGGACUUCGAGACUCUCAAAUGAUCAAUGUAGAGUUCAAACUAGUAAUUGAUAUUCACGAUAAUUUUCUUGAGUUACCUUCGUCACUAGAUCACAUCGAAGAGUGGACUAACACUGACUCAACUCAAACUUAUGCAGUUCCAGCAGUGCGAAAAGUGGAUAAGUGGACCAACACUGAUCUUUUCUUUUCACUUUUACUCAAUAUUUUUGAAUGUAUUUCGAUUUGGAUCAAUCGCCACGAGUAUUUAACAGCAGGGUUCAUCAUACUUCUCGCUCUUUUAAUGUACAUGAUGGAAGUAUCUGAGAAGAGCUGUUUAGAAACUCUCAAACGUGAACGUCAAGUUAAUAGUGAAUGUAUGAGAGCUCUCCAACUGCAGAGGCAAAAAUCCUGUUUUUUAUUUUGAUUCGUAAUCCUCAAUUGAAUUAUUCGAAAAUAUUACUUAUUCAAUUUUCAAUUUGGUUGAUUGGUGAUUGUAACAUUUUUUUCAAUAGAAAACAUUGCAUUGGAUGCCGAUAAUCGUGAUUGAUAUCAUCAAUCUCUCAACUAAGAAAUAUUGAGCUGGCAGGGAACCUUUUUUCACAAGCCAAUAGAGUGACAUCACUGUCAAUAGUUAUAACGAAUAUAUACAUUUUAUUAAUAAAAGUUACCUUCUGAAAAUGA